AAUAGAUCAUCAUUCCCCUUGGAGCUUCUGCACAGGCAAGUCAGAAGGAAGCUCGCUCUCACCAUGUCAGCCUCUGCCGAUACUCAGGCAGAGGUUUCGAAAAUCUCUAUCUUGGGUUCUGAGUCAAUCCACGUCGGCUUUCAUCUCCUCCCUUACAUCUUCCAUACCAUUCUCACUAAACUCCCCUCUUCGACCUAUGUCCUGGUGACCGAUACUAAUCUCGCAGCAUUGUACCUCUCCCAACUCGAAGAGGAAUUCAAUAAUGUAUCUCGUUCUCUUGGUUCAAAGUCUAGAUUCCUGGUCUACCAAGUGUCUCCUGGAGAAGGAGCGAAAAGCCGAAAGGUCAAAGCUGAGAUUGAAGAUUGGAUGUUGGGGGAGAAAUGUGUCAGGGACACAGUGAUUCUGGCCUUUGGGGGUGGUGUCAUAGGAGACUUGACUGGAUUCGUCGCUGCGACUUUCAUGCGUGGAAUCAAGUUUGUGCAGAUCCCUACGACACUGCUCGCCAUGGUGGAUUCUUCCGUCGGAGGAAAGACGGCCAUUGAUACUCCAGCUGGAAAGAAUCUGAUUGGAUCCUUCUGGCAGCCUUCUUGCAUCUUCGUCGACUUGGCAUUCCUCACCUCCUUGCCGUCGAGGGAAGUAUCCAACGGUAUGGCGGAGGUAAUCAAGACUGCAGCCAUCUGGGUCGAAGAAGACUUUGCGGCGUUGGAGUCUAGUGCGACUGAGAUCUCCCUCGCGGCCUCCUCGAAACCUGAAUCCACCGCCGGUCGAUUUGCCAAAGAUCGUUCCGCGGCUCAAUCACUCCUCCUCCGAGUAGUUUCCGGCUCGAUCCACGUCAAAGCACACAUCGUGACCAUCGAUGAGCGAGAGACUGGGUUGAGGAAUCUUGUCAACUUUGGUCACACCAUUGGGCACGCCAUAGAAGCCGUGUUGACACCUACAAUGUUGCAUGGAGAAUGCGUUUCGGUCGGCAUGAUCUUGGAAGCCGAAGUUGCCAGAUCUCUCGGUGUCUUAUCUCAGGUUGCCGUGGGACGAUUGACAAGGUGUCUCAAAGCGUAUGGUCUACCCGUCUCUUUGUCCGACAGGCGAAUCGCUUCGAUUCCCGCUGCUUCUGGUCUCACAGUGGAGCGCCUGCUGGACAUUAUGAAAGUCGACAAAAAAAAUUCAGGUAGUCAGAAAAAGGUGGUCCUGUUAUCGAGGAUUGGCAAGACAUUUGAGGAGAAGGCCUCAAACGUGGACGAUGAUGUGCUCCGGAGAGUGUUGUGCGAAGCUGCCAGCGUUGUCUCUGGCACUCCUACCAAGUCUCCCGUGGUCAUGGCCACCCCGGGUAGCAAGAGUAUCUCAAAUCGUGCUCUCAUUCUCGCCGCUCUUGGCAAAGGAACGUGCCGCAUCCGAAAUCUGUUGCACUCAGAUGAUACUGCAGUCAUGAUGAAUGCGUUGUCAGAGCUCAAGGGCGCUGUCUUCUCCUGGGAGGAUGGCGGAGAUACCGUUGUCGUUGAGGGCGGUGAGGGUUCACUCACCACUCCGGCUGGCGGUAAAGAGUUAUACCUGCAAAAUGCCGGUACCGCCAUGCGAUUCCUCGCUACGGUCUGCACUGUGGUCUCAGCGACAUCACCCGAUGCACCGACCACCAUCAUCACUGGCAACGCUAGAAUGAAACAGAGACCCAUCGGACCCCUCGUCGAUGCUCUCCGCGAGAACGGAGCCAAGAUUGACUACGUCGAAGGCGAGAGCUGUCCUCCAUUGCGCAUUGCCCCGAACGGACUGCAAGGUGGACACAUCCGAUUGGCGGCAACAGUGUCCAGUCAAUACGUCUCUUCUAUCCUUCUCUGUGCACCUUAUGCUAAGGAACCUAUAACCCUCGAGCUUACUGGUGGUCAAGUCAUCUCCCAACCAUACAUCGACAUGACGAUUGCGAUGAUGAAGGAAUUUGGAAUUAGCGUAGAACGUCAACCAGAUUCCGAUAUCUAUCGUAUUCCCAAAGGGGUCUAUGUCAAUCCUUCGACUUACAACGUCGAAUCCGACGCUUCGAGCGCCACAUAUCCUUUGGCUAUCGCUGCCAUCACAGGCACGACAUGUACCAUCUCGACCAUUGGAAGUUCGUCUCUUCAAGGUGAUGCGAGAUUUGCUAAAGAAGUCUUGGAGCCCAUGGGAUGCAAGGUCGAACAGACUGCAUCGUCGACCACCGUUACUGGCCCUCCUGUUGGGCAUUUGAAGGCCCUUGGCAACGUCGAUAUGGAGCCAAUGACAGAUGCUUUCCUCACUGCUUCUGUCCUCGCUGCCGUCGCUGCUCAGCCCUGUAAUGCCGAGAGAGAAGUCGCAGGCUCACGCCCAGUCACGAGCAGGAUUUACGGUAUUGCCAACCAGCGGGUCAAAGAGUGCAACCGUAUCGAAGCUAUGCGAACUCAACUUGCCAAGUUUGGCGUGGAGACGGACGAGUUUGAUGAUGGCAUCAUCAUCUACGGCAAGCAACUCUCCACUUUGACAUCGGGUGCAUCGGUGCAUUGUUAUGACGAUCAUCGUGUUGGCAUGGCAUUUGCCGUCCUGUCAUCCGUCAUUCCGAAUACUGUCCUUGAGGAGAAGAGGUGUGUUGAAAAGACCUGGCCAAACUUCUUCGAUGAUCUUCAGAACAAGAUGGGGCUGCAAACAAAUGGUGUAGAGCUGCAGCAUGCCUCCACCUCAAAAAGUCAUCAGAGUACCCCUCAACACCCCAUCUUCUUGAUCGGAAUGCGAGGAGCCGGGAAGACCUAUAUCGGCAAACUGGCUGCUGAAGCUCUCGGCGGCGAAUACACCGAUGCCGAUGACGUCUUUGGAGAGCAUACAAAGCUCUCUGUAUCUCAAUACGUCGAGACUCAUGGAUGGUCCGAGUUCCGAGCCACAGAGACGAAGCUUCUACAUGCAUUCGUCAAGGAGAAGCGAGGCAACCAUAUCAUCUCUCUUGGAGGUGGAAUUGUCGAGACGCCGGAAGCUAGGCAAAUCCUCGCAAAGCACAUCGCGAAUGGCGGACGUGUAGUCCACGUCACUCGAGAGAUGGGUGAUAUUGAGGGGUACCUCGACUCGAUCGGCUCAACGGCAGCUCGACCGAACUGGGGAGAGGGCUUCGCUGAGGUUUCCCAGAGACGAGCCCCGUGGUACAGAGAAUGCUCGUCACACGAAUUUUUCAACACUCUUGCUCCGCUAAGUGAUCAAUCGCAAGACGACCAUCAUUCAGCUAUGAGGCGAGAGAUUGCAAGGUUUUUCAAUUUUAUCUCAGGGCUGGCGACAAAUCGACCUAACCUUGGAUCUGGACGAUUCUCUUCGUUCCUUUCUCUGACGUUCCCCGAUAUCACUCCGGCAUUGACGGAUAUGGAUGAACUGACCGAGGGUGCCGAUGCCGUCGAGCUCCGAGUGGAUCUGUUGGCGUCCGGCAGAGCGACUGAAGAGUACGUGGCGAAGCAAUUGUCGAUGCUUCGCUUAGCAACGCCUUUGCCUAUUGUCUAUUCGGUCCGAAGCAAGGAUCAAGGAGGACUUCAUGCGCCUGACAACCUCGAAGGAUAUGUGAACCUGGUCAAUUUGGGUCUCCGAGCGGGCUGCGAGUUUGUCGACAUUGAGAUUUGUUGGCCCGUCAAGACUCUCGACCAGCUCGUCGCUUCGAAAGGAGUGACCCACAUCGUGGCGUCCUGGCACGACUGGAGUGGAGAGAUGGCUUGGGACUCGCCAGCCCUGAGAGCCAAGUACGAUCUCUGUGCGAAAUACGGAGAUGUUGUCAAGCUCGUCGGUAUGGCCAAGUCUACAGCGGAUAAUCUCGCUCUAGCUACGUUUGCAGCGGAUCAUCCUGAGAAACCAUUGCUAGCCAUCAAUAUGGGAGCUGCGGGUCAAAUGUCUCGGAUCCUGAAUCCUACUUUGACACCCGUCACUCAUCCCCUCUUACCUUCCCGAGCAGCCCCUGGUCAGUUAUCGGUCGUACAAAUCAAUACUGCCCGAGGACUUCUAGGGAUGAUCCAGCCUCGUCAGUACUACCUCUUUGGAUCGCCCAUCGGUGCAUCUGUCUCGCCAACAUUGCAUAAUACCGGGUUCCAAGCUUUGGGUCUCCCUCAUGUCUACUCGAAGCACGAAGCUGCCCAAGUUGAUCAAGGGAUCAUUGACAUCAUUUCCUCACCCGAGUUUGGCGGAGCAUCCGUUACGAUCCCCUUGAAACUCGACAUCAUACCAACUUUGGACAUGAUCUCGGAACAUGCCAAAAUCAUCGGAGCAGUCAACACCAUCGUAUCCCUUACUGUCGAUGGCAAGAGACAGCUUCAAGGUCAUAACACCGAUUGGCAAGCGAUUCAUAAGGCGGUCGAAUCCAACUUGACUCUAUCUACUGGAGAGCGAUCCACAGCUCUGGUCAUCGGUGCAGGUGGGACUUCUCGAGCUGCGAUCUAUGCACUCGCCAGACUAUCUUCGAAGCCUCGAAUCUUGUUAUUCAAUCGGACGCUUGCAAAUGCUCAAAAGGUCGCAUCGAGUUUCCCUGAAUCAUUCGACAUUGAGACCAUCGACACACUGGACAAUCUUCCCUCAAGACCAAAGAUCAUCAUUUCGACUGUCCCUGGUGAUUCCCUAUGCUUGUCUCAUGCCGAGGGUACAGGGAUUCAGCUACCGAAAGGUCUCUGUACAUCUGAUGCCGCCCCGGGAAUCGCUAUCGACUUGGCGUACAAACCUCAUCAGACCGCUCUGUUAAGCUUAGCCUCAACCUCUGGAUGGAAAGCUGUCUCAGGGGUUGAGAUUCUAUGUCUGCAAGGGUUCAAACAAUUUGAAUUGUGGACUGGAGGCAGGGCACCCGAGAAGAAGAUCAGACAGGCCGUGAUGGACAAGUAUUUGGCACAGACAUAG